CUCUGUCUAGUGCCAUAUUUCAGCAUUCUAUGGCAUUGAGCCGUGGCAGUUAAAGUGGUGUCAAAGUGCAUUAUUUCUACAGUGUAGCUGCACCUUCCAACUCCUCAAAUAGGGGUUUUUUUUAUUAAAGCCUUUGGGGGGGGGCUUAACUGAUGUAUUCAGAAUGCAAAUUAGCAAAAUUUGAUACUAUCUUAAUCUUCUAAAGCCCUUAAAUGGUUUAGUCCAUUAGCAUUAUUUUUAUUGUUUGUCAUUUGUGCCUGGAGGUUUUCAAUCUGUCAGACUGGAUUAUUUCUAUAGUGUAGAAGCAUCCUAGGCUUGACUCUUUAGAAUCUCAGUGGUCCCCAGACUGUGCCCUUUAAGGGCUUUUGGACUUCAGCUCCCAGAAUCCCACACUAUUGGCCAACAGGGCUGAGACUUCUGUGAGCUGAAGUCCAGAAUCUCUUAAAGGGCACAGUUUGGGGACCACUUGCUUUAGAUUAUGGGUGCAGGAAUAAAGCAAUUAGACCCCACUUCAAUUUCCAUGACUCACUGCUAUCAGUCUGACACCACUUUAGCUGCCAUGGUUCAGGGCUAUGGAAUUCUGGGAACUGUAGUUUGCUGUGGCACCAGAGCUCUCUGACAUAGAGGGCUAAAUGUCUCACAAAAGUACAAUUCCCAGAAUUGCAUAGCAUUGAGCCAGGCCAGUUAAAGUGCCAUGCUUGCAUGCAUCGAUGCAUCCAUCCAUCCUUGCAUCCCUGCAUCGAUCUAUGCAUCCAUUCAUGCACCCAUCCAUCCAUCCACCCAUGCAUCCAUCUAUGCAUGCAUGCAUGCAUCUACCCAUCCAGAGUGGUACCCAAUCUCCUGGAUGAAGGAUGCAGACGAGGGGCGCUUGGCACAGGCUGGCAUCUCCCCUUUAGCCCCAAUAAGGCUGGCUUUUGGGGUCCAAUGAUCCCCUCCAUUGGGAGCCCUGCAAAAAAGGGGGUGCAAGGGAGGGAAGGAGGGCGGCUGCCCCUGCACAGGCGCAGACGAUCCGGAGCUGGGAGGUGGCCCCGUCUGCUGCAGACUGGCAUCGCCUCCUCUGCUGCCCAGGCUCCCCUCCAUGUACGCCUUCUAUUCCUUGCUGGUCUACAUCUUCUAUACUCUCUUCAAGAAGGAUGCCAGCAAGGAGGAAGAGGAGGAAGAGGAAGGCAAUGGGGUGCCCCCCAAACAUCUGGAUGGCAGGGACAGGAGCAGGAGCAGCCCCAGGGGCCUCAAAGCUUUUCCUGUGGAGCCACCAAAGAGGACCAAGAAACCACAGCGCAAGGACCUCUGGAAGGAACUGACAGAGCUGGACAGCAGCUCAGAAAGUGACAGAGGGAGCAGCACUGAGGAAGAGGAGGAGGAAGAGGAGGAAGGCCUUCACUUGGGGGAUGCCCCCACUCCGCUCACUGAGUUCCGGUCGCUGAAGCAAGAGGCAGCUGCAAAGAUGGUGCUGGCAGAAAUGGAGUCCCCAAGCAAAACGUCCCCAGAAUCCCCCUUGGUCUCAGUGAUGUCCCACCUCCUCUCCUUCCUGGAGCACUACUCCCAGCUGCAGCAGCUGCAGGAGAAGGCAGGUGAGUAUCGCUCCCGCUUGCGGAAGGAAGAGAGCCGGAGGCGGAAGCAGCUGCGUGGGCUGAAGAGGGCAUGCAGGCAGCGGGUGAAGGACAAGCUCAUCCUCAUCGAGAGUCUGGAGCGCAUCAUCUCAGAGCAGCAAGGUCUCCUGGAGAAGAUGCAUGGAGGUGUGAAGCUGCCCUCCGCCUGCCUGCUCUACCCAGUGGCCCCAGCAGGCGUCCAUCAACUGGUGGAGUCCAUCAAUGUCCUCCAAGGGGAAAGAAGUCAGCUGGAAGAGGAGGUGGUGGGUCUCAGGCAGCAGGCAGAACAACGCGAGAAAGAGAAGGAGCGGCUGGCUGGCAGUUUCCACCAUCAGAUCCAGCAUCUGAAGCAACAGAUUCAAGAGCGAGAGGAGGAACUGGCACGGCUUCGCAUGGGAACGGGAAUCACAGACUCGGAGAAGCGGAUCCAUAACCUGACAGUGGAGAAUGAGGGGCUGAAGCAGAGCCUGACCAUCACCCAGGGCCUCUUGCAGCAGCUGGCCACUGUGUCCGCUCAGCCCCCGGCCCUCCUGGUCAAGGAGAACGAGGACCUACGGACCAAGGUCCAGCGGCUGGAGACCACCUUGCAACAGAAGGUGGAAGAGCUGGUGGGCCUGGAAGCCCAGAUGGACAGGCUACAGUGGCGCAAGGAGGAGGAGGUGCGCCAUCUGGACGAACGCCUGCGCGGGCUCCAGCUCUCUCUAGAGGCCCAAAAGAGCUGCCCACCUGAGAUACAGUACAUCACCCAGACUGUGGAGGUGGACUCCCCUCAAACCCUGCAGGCUGUGGCAGAAGCCGAGGAGCAGAACCGGGCCUUGAUGGAGCAGCUCUCCUGCCAAGUGGAGCAAUGCCAACAGCUGACAGAGCAACUUCACAGCUCCGAGGAGGUGGCUGCUGGCCUGCGCCACAAGAUCUCUGCCUAUGAGUCUGAAAUUGCAGGGUUGCACCAAGAACUGCUGUGUGAGAUCAACCAGUUGGAGGCGCGGAAGGAAGAAGCUGUCCGGGAGGCCUCUCAGUGCUCUGAGCAACACCUCCAGCAUCUGCGCCAGCAGCUGGCAGGUAUACAACAGCGUCUCGACACCUUCCAGCCUCUUCUCCGAGGCAUGAAAUCUGACUACAGCAGCCUGCGUGGACAAGUGCGCAGUUUUGCUGACUGUUAUGAAGCUGCGCUCAGUGAGGCUCGAAGGCAGAUGUGUUCAGCCAUCAAUGAGGCGUCACACGCCAACCGUUCAUUGCAGGAGCGUUACCAGCGGGAAGUGCAGCUUCGCAAGAAAUACCACGACCAGCUUUUGGAGCUGAAAGGAAACAUCCGGGUGUUGUGCCGCCUAAAACCACUGACUAAGGAUGAGGAGCAGGAUGGGGACGGGGCCACCAUGGUAGAGGCCGACCUCAGUGACGAUGGCUGCGUGAGCACCUGCUACAAGGGCAAGGAGCGCACCUUCCGGCUGGACAAGGUCUUCCUGCCACAGGCCACCCAGGAGGAGGUCUUCCUGGAGAUUGAGCCACUGGUCAUGUCCUGCCUGAACGGCUACAACGUUUGCAUCUUUGCCUAUGGGCAGACGGGCUCAGGCAAGACCUAUACCAUGGAGGGUGUCCCAGAUAACCCCGGGAUCAACCAGCGAGCGCUGCAGGCCCUGUACCGGGAGAUGGAAGCCAAGGAAGAGGCAUGGAAAUACACUGUCAGCCUCAGUAUGGUGGAGAUCUACAAUGAGGUGAUCAGGGAUCUUUUGGCCAAGGAUUCCCAAGAGAAACUGGAUGUCAAACUGAAUCCGGAUGGGAGCGGUCAGCUGCAUGUGCCAGGACUGACCAGUGUUGAGGUGCACAGCCUCCGGGAGAUUAAAAAGAUGCUCUUGCUGGGGAAGCGGAACCGGGCAACCUCUUCCACCCACAUGAACGAACGCAGCUCUCGUUCCCAUGCUCUCCUCACCGUCACCAUUACUGGCACAGAGCUGGCCAGUGGCACCAAGGUCACAGGAAAGCUGAACCUGGUGGACCUGGCCGGCUCAGAGCGAGUGUGGAAGUCUGGAGCGCAGGGCGAGCGCCUGAAGGAGGCCCAGAAUAUCAACAAGUCCCUGCUGGCCCUGGGAGAGGUGAUCCAGGCCUUGCGCGCCAAGCAGGCCCACGUGCCCUUUAGGAACUCCAAACUCACCUACCUGUUGCAGGACUCCCUGGGGAAGGGCAGCAAGACCAUCAUGAUGGUGCAGAUCUCUCCCUUGGAGAAAAAUGUGGGUGAAUCCAUUUGCUCACUCAAGUUUGCCCAGCGCGUCUGCAAAGUGGAGUUGGGCCCGGCCUCCCGACGCAUCGACUCAUCGGCCCAACAUGACGUCUGAGACCCUCCUCAAGGGAGACCUUUCUGCAGCCUUCCGGGGGAUGGACUGGGAGCAAGAACCAUGGCAGCCACAGAGGAUUCAGAGGGCUCUCAAUCCACGCAAAGGAUGGGACCUCCUCAUUUUCCUCCUCUCUGAGCAGGCUGGUCCUUAUGGGGGCAAGAAAUCACUCUCUCUGCCCCUUCUGAAGGAAGGAGAGUAGGAGGAAUGGUCCCAUUUCCUACCAGAUCACAAGAGUGGGUUGGGAUCAUCCCCAUCACUUCAACCUUGCAAGAGGUCAGCUCCUCAUUGCUUUUAGGAUCAUGGCCUAGUGAUGACCACCCAUGCCUUGCUAUCCCAUGGCACUGUGAGAACGCCAAUGUCCCUUCCACCUUGUCCGUUGGAUGUCCUCAGAUUGGCAACCCUGGCGUCACCCUCUUUCGGUCCUCAAAAUCUCACCAACACCUCCGUGGGCCCCACUUGCAAUUCCAUCCCACUCUCCUAAUGUUUCCCCACACUUUUGUAAAUGAAAAGACUUUGGGCUGUGAAAAGAGGGUGCACUUCCCCCUGCUGCUGCCCCAUGUCUGCCCAUGCCUUGCUGAAAGGGCCAGGUGAGGAGCUGCAUGACUGAACCUCUUCCUCACCUGGCAGGCUGGACUUAUGACCUGCAUAUCUGAAUGCACCUCCCCUUCCCUCCUCCAUGUGUAUCUCUGUCAUUCUCUCCCUCCCUCCAUGUGCUUGGAAAGGUAGAG